AUGGGGCGCCCGCUAGAGUUGGAGCCUUCCAGGCUCUCCAGUGGCGACUUCUCGGGUGCCCGGUGGCACCUCUCGGCCGCGCUCCCCUCCCCCACCACAGGCCGCGGCCCCUGUGCACCGCACCGCGCCCGCAGACCCCAAGUGGACCCUGCUGGACCGCCGGGGUCCACUCCGAAGUCCGGAGCAUGGCGCCUCGGGCCCCGUUUCCUGACCCUACUGGUGUCUCCCGGUCCCCGCUGGUCUUCCUGCAAAGCCUCCCCGGGCCCGCAGGACGCGGCCGCAGUUCCUGCACUCAGGCCACCCAGCCCCAGGCUGGAGCUGCUCCGGCUUCCAGGCGCUCGCAGGCAGCGCCGGGUGGUGACGCCGAGUGAGCGCCGGCCCCGGAGCUCCCGAAGCCGGGCGCAGGAGAGCCUGGAGCCGGCCCGCGCUUCCCCUUCUCGCCCGCGGAGCGCGCAGCCCGCAGCCGCCGGCACCGCACUCGGGUCCCCGAGGCUCCCGGCGCGCCGCUCCCCGCCCGCCCGUCCGCCCGCUACAGCAUUCGGCCCGCGGCGGCCGGAGUCCACGCCCGGCUCCUCGCCUCUGCGGACAAUGCGCGCCCGGCCACGGGCCGAGCCGGGCGAGGCGGAGGCGGAGGCGGCGCCGGCGGCGGGGCUGCGCGCGGAGCGGGCCGGGCCGGGCAGGGCGCGGGGGACUGCGCAGCCCUCGCCGCCCCUCGCCCGGCCUCGCCGCCCCUCGCGCUGCCGCGCUCCGCGCUCCGCGGCGCUUCCCCAGCUUCGCUCUGCACGCUCCCGCCCCGCCCGCAGCAGCAGCCGCCGCGCCGCCGCCGCCGCCUGCAAAAGCGUCUCUGACAUGGAAAUGAAUGACAGCUUACCUGAUGCCAAUCUUCAUCAGACUGACACCGGCGUGACAACACAGCCUAUACUUCCCAGCACUGCUCGGGACGUCAGCGGCACAGGGACCCGCCCCCCGGAGCCCCCCCUCCGCACACCACCCCUCUCCCCACUCCCCCUUUCUCCCCACCCCCCCUCACCCCCACCCACUCCCGGCCCCGGCCGCUUCCCAGUCGCCGAGCCGCUGGAGUGUCUCCCUCUGCUGGAAGCUGCGCUCCGGUGCCGGGCGCGGGCCUCGCUCCUGCUGGCGGGGAGGCCGAACUGCGCUCGUGGAGGAGCCUGGAAACCCGAGGCGGCCGCGGAUGCGGAGCGCCGCGGAGACCCGGGAACUCGGGCGCACCCCACCCAGGGCAAGUCCUCUUUGGCGAACACAGCGGCGGAGUUCCAAGCCGUUAGGUCAGCCAACCUCCCGGGCGCUGGAGGCAGCUGGCAGCAGAAAAGGCAGCACCGCUCAGGUCAUUACACGUUAUUGCUUCGGCAGCGCUGA